UUAUAUUUGGUUGAUUUAUUGAAUUAUUAUUUUAAAAGAAUUUAUUUUGUUUAUAACUUGUCAGCUGUUAAAACAAAUCAAAUGGCUCAGAGCCUUUCUCAACGUUGCAGAAAAAUGUUACCUUCAUUUUUCAAAGGAUAUAUUUGUCUUCUUUCCUUACUUUUUCUUGCUUUGGUUAUUUACUACUUUCGAGUGCCAUUGCGAGCUUAUGAAAAGUUUGAGUCAAUUGUCUCUGUUGGCGUUUAUUUUAACAAUUUGACGCCUAAAUUUUAUGUUGCAUUAACUGGAACUUCAAGUCUUGUAUCCGGCAUUAUUUUGAUUUUUGAAUGGUGGUACUUUAAAAAUAAUGCUAUUGAUAACGCUUUGGAUGGUAGUGAUGAUGGAAGCGAUUCAGAAAGAGAAAGCAUUGAUGGAAAACAGCAUGAACUUGAAGAAUAUGAACGUGAAAAUGAAUGUAAAGUUUGGCGAAAUCCAAUGGCUCUCUUUCGAGGUGCAGAGUAUGGGCGUUUUCACAGAGAAACAGGCCAAGAGCCCCUAACUUAUUAUGAUUUGAAUUUAUCAGCACAGGAUCACCAAACAUAUUUUUGUUGUGAAGCAGAUGCUGGGAAAGAAGAUUUAGAAAUAAUGUCGUUAGCCUGGAGAGAACGUGACAGUCAAGUACGUAUAUCUGAAGCAAAGAGAGCACUUAAAUGCAAUCCUGAAUGUGCUCCUGCUUUAAUUUUAUUAGCAGAAGAAUUUUGUCAAACAAUAUCUGAAGUAGAAGAGUAUUUGAGAAAAGCACUUAGAAUUGUUGAAGGAAUGUAUAGACGAAGUCAAGCAGCUGUUUAUCCUGAUAUAGAAUCUCAACAAAAAAGUCGUGAUAUUAAUAUGCUGGUCUUUAUCCGUCGUCGACUAGCUAUGUGCUCGAGAAGAGAAGGACGUGUUCGCGAAGCAAUUAAAAUAAUGCGCGAUAAUGUUAUGAAUAUACACGAAAAUUUAAUUGAAGCAUUAUUGGAGCAACGUGCUUAUGCAGAUGCUAUGGCUGUAUUAGCUAAAUAUGACUCUUAUGAUGAUUGUGUAAUGCCAAAAUCAGCAACUGUUUGCUUUACUUCAGCUUUACUUAAAGCUCGUGGUGUAGCAGACAAAUUUGAACCUGAAACAAUGCGAAAACGUGGAUUUUCUUCGGCAGAGCUAGCUGCUGUUGAAGCUAUCCACAGAGCGGUGGAAUUUAAUCCUCAUGUACCUCUUUAUCUCUUGGAACGAAAACCUGUAACAAUGCCACCCGAACAUAUUUUAAAACGUGGUGAUUCCGAAGCUGUAGCUUAUGCAUUUUGGCAUUUACAGCAUUGGAAACGAGUAGAAGGAGCUCUUCAAUUACUACAAUAUACGUGGGAAGGAACUUUUCGAAUGCUUCCAAAUCCCACCGAGAAGGGUCAUCUUUUCUUUCCUUACCCAACAUGUACUGAACAAGCCGAUAAAGAAUUAUUUCCUCCUUAUCACGAAGUAUCAGUUUAUCCUAAAAAAGAAUCUCCACUUUGGACAUUAUUUGCAUCUUUGCUUUCUUGUUGUGUAGCAAUUUUCGCUAUUCUUUUCCAUCAAUAUCCAGAUGAAACACUUCAUUUUAUGCAUUUGGCAAUUAGUGGAGCUUGGUCAUCUGUUUUUACAGUUUGGGAUUAUUUAUGCUCGCUCGUUCCAGAAAAUUUUAUGGGCUUAAUUGCUUCAAAACCAACAACAACUCCAACAACGGCAACUGCUGGUGUAGCAGCGCCAAUGCCUGCCGCUGGAGCAGAAGCAGCUUCUGGCAGUCUUUAA